CAGAAAAACUGAAAAUCAGCAUCGAUGUGACCAAUCAUUGUUUCUCGAACCCAGCGUUUCCAGUCAUAGCACUGACGUGUCAAUCACAUUAUAACCGUAACCCUAAACCGAACAUAGAUAAUUUGUACAUAAUGGAUGUCAAACUAAACCUCUCUUCUCAAGGACAAUGCAAAACAUACAGUUUCAGACUAACAGUUCAAGAGCAGAAAAAAGAAGUCAGAUUGAAAGAGAUGGUCAAAGACAUAGAUCAGUCAUUUCUGCUAAAAGAAAAUAAUUGUCAGCGAUUAGAAUCCUUGAAUCCAAAAGCUCUGACUUGCCAGAAUCAGCGGGGCAAUGGAAACGGUGGAAGUUGUUUGGAAAUCCCCUCUGUUGACCCUGGAAAGCAAUGUAGAGGGGCUACAUAUGAUGAUAAUAUCUGCAAAGAAAGCAAAAGAAGCAGUUACGUUCUGCGUUUCAUCAAAAGUGAAUGGAUGUGUGUGAACUGUUCAACCAGUGCUCUCACUGUCACUCCACAACCACAUGAUGACAUUUACAAUAUCUCUGUUCAAGAUUAUGAUGGAUAUAUUGAUCCCUCAGAAGCAUCAGACUAUAUGAAUAAAAUGGAGUCUAAGAUUGAAGAGAUUGAAACAAACAAGACAAGCAAAGCAGGGAUUGUCAUGGGGGAUGUUAUUGGUCUUCUUCAUGUGCAAGCCAAAAAUACAGAAACCAAAGACAUAUGCUACUCUUCAGAUGAGGACAUUAUAAACGAUGUUGAUUGUGAAAGUUACCUGAAGGCAGGUUUUUCCUGGUCUGUAAAGAUUUCCAGUGAGGCUUUUAAUAAAUCACGACAGGAAAACAAUGGAAGCGCCUUUCUUGGAAUUCUGCAAUUCUAUGAUAUGAGAAAUAAGAAUGAAACUCAAAACUACACCAUUUUGAACAAUGAGGUUUAUGGAAUAACGAUGAAGGCCAAAAUCUCCAACCUUACAGAUACUAUUGACAUGUUCUUUACACAAAGUGAUCAGGGCAGUAAUGCAUCCUGCGUUUCUUGGGAUGGCAAAGGAGAGCUUAAUUGGACGACAUCCGGCUGUAAGACAGAAAUAAUCAAAGAAUCAAAUACCAUUAAGUGCUCCUGCUCACAUCUGACGUUCUUUGCAGUGCUGAUGGUCCCUCCGUCUCAGGCAGAUGAAAUUGUCUCAGAGGAGGAUCUGCAAUCAUUGACUUAUAUUACUUCUAUCGGCUGCGGCAUCUCCAUGUUUUUUAUGGCUAUCGCUUUGUUCAUGCAUUUCCUGCUACGGAAAGCCAAGUCAAAUCAGGCCACGAAGAUCCUGAUGAACAUGUUUGUAGCUUUGUGUCUACUAAAUAUCUCGUUUUUGUCAAACGAGAGCGUCGCUAACACAGGAGACAACGCUGCGUGUGUCUUCAUAGCGCUGCUCCUGCAUUACUCCAUGCUGGCCUCAUUCACCUGGUUCUUCAUUCAAGCUCUUCAUAUGUACUUAUGGCUCAUCAGACAGAACGUCUCCAUCACAAACUACAUGAGGAAGAUCACCGUGUUGGGCUGGGCAUUUCCGUCUCCAAUAGUCAUAACUAUUGCUUCCAUAGGAGAAUAUAAAACACUAAUCCUAAAAAGUUCACGAAUGUGCUGGAUUACUAAUAAUUACAUUCACUACAUAGUGAACAUCGGCUACUAUGCUUUAGUUUUCAUCUUCACGACAGGAAUCUUCAUCACUCUCUUAACUAGAAUUGUUCAGGCCAGACGCCUAAGAGCAAUUGAUGGCAAGAGAAAGACGUUCAGAAAGCAGCUGAUGAUGGUGUUGAGUUUGUUCCUGCUCUUCGGUCUGACGUGGUCUGUGGCGUUCUUCAGUUAUGGACCGAUGCUCAUUCCCUCAUAUUACAUAUUCACUGUGCUGAACUCAUCACAGGGGUUUUUCCUCUUCCUGUAUUACUACCACAUUCACAAUGACAUUGCUGGUGGUUUCUCUGAUGAUCCAAGAAGCUCUGGCUCCACCACAACCAUGGUUCAACCCAACAUGAAUGGUCUGGAGAAUGUCUACAAUUAGCCUAAUUAAGACCAAAAACCACACUGUCUCUUAGUUUCUUAGACAGAUGGCAGAUUACCAGAAUACUAGAACGGUCAUGUGUACUAUAAUAUGCUUUACAGUUUAAUAUGCAUGUUUAAAAAUAUUCUGUAUGGUGAUGGGGAUAUAAUUCAUAACGGGUUCGUAAGCGGGAUCAUGAACUUUUAAGAUAUUUUAAACAAAUUUAACAUGUACAUGAACAUUGUAACUGGAAGCUACUUUAAAAGUCAAAAUUUUGGUGUCUGUAAGUUUAGUUUUACUGUAAUUGUAUUUAUGAAAUAUGUUGUUUGACUGACCUGUGUAUGUUUAAACUGUGGGUUUCACUUUAUUUUGAUGAUGCCUUUAACACAUUGUUGACUAUAGGUAAUGUUGCACCUACAUAUCUACUAACUCUCAUUAGAGUGGUAUUAUAGUAUUAGUAGACUGGUAGGUUUAGGGUUAGAAUAGGUUGACAUUGUGAACAUGGAGAGGUACUUAAAAUUAGGAGAAUGUCUGUUUUGAGACCAUUGACAAUAAAAAGGACUCUUAUGGACUCUUAUUAAGCGAUGGUCUAAUAAUCUAAUGAGAGUUAGUUCACAGGAAGGUGCAUUACUUACUGUCAACAAUGUUAAAAAAGGACUAUUAAAAUUAAGUGCUAAUUAAUAUUAUUUCUUUCAUUAUUAGAAGGUGAUGUACUAGGAGUAAAGAUGUCAGUUUUCA